GGGCUGAGCUGCUGAUGUAUCCCAGUAGUCCGUAGCAACAGGAAACCUCGGUAUAAAAAGCGGCGUCGCAGGGGGAACCCUCCUAAGAGUCUCUCAGCCGCAGCAUGACCAGGACGAAGAGCCUGAGAGUUCGGACUUAACAAAACAAUGCCCAGCCUAAUCGUCGAACCACUCAACACACAAGAGUUCAUCAUGGACAGAGAUGACAGGAAGAGAAACAAGAACAUUGGAAAGAACUUUAUGUGCCGACUCCAAGGCAUGUUCUCACACUCAUCAAGCUCUGAGAGCAGGCUAACUUUAGAAGACACCCAACAAUGGUCACAGUCACUGGAUCGGCUUCUGGAGUCUAAAUAUGGUCUGGCUACUUUUCGCAACUUCCUCAAAUCUGAAUACAGCGAUGAAAAUAUUGAGUUCUGGCUCACCUGUGAGGACUAUAAGAAGAUCAAGUCUUCAUUCAGGAUGUCCUCCAGAGCUAAGAAGAUUUAUGAGCAGUUUGUCAAAGCAGAAUCUCCUAAAGAGAUCAACAUCGACUAUCACACCCGAGAGCAGAUCAAAAGAAGCGUCAAGUCUCCCAGCCUGCACUGCUUCGACGAGGCUCAGAAGAUGGUUUACGGGCUGAUGGAAAGAGACUCGUACCCGCGGUUCCUCCGCUCUGACAUUUAUAGAACUCUCCUGGAAAACCUUGCUGCUGAUGCUGCGAAGGGUUGAGAAGCACGGCCCCAGGUGGGGGAGGGGGAGAAAGAGAGAGAAUGGACUUAAAAACCCCAUAACUGGAAUGUUUGAGCUCCUUCAGGAGGAAGGACUGAACACAAAGAAGGAAGGAGGGUCGCGCCGCCCGCCCCACGGACACACAGCGGACACACACCUCAGAGGCGACACUAGAUCCUGAAGCAAACGAUGGAGGAUCCCCACACUGAGAACUUCACACCUGAGGGUCAUGGAACAGAAAAAUUAAACGGACCAACCCUAUUGAAAAGGAUCCCAUAGUGUGAUUGCACUGGAUGAAUCGGCGUACGCAGGCCCCUUGAACACUUUUCAAGGCGGCCACUCUGACGGCAAAGCUGCGAAAUCACAACCGUGCAGCGGACCUCCUUUGGCCUUCUUUGCAGAGGUGUUUCCUGUGCAGAUAAAGAUAGUGGCUGUGUGAUGCAAUGGUCACAUUUCAUUAGCUGUGUUUGUGAGAGAGAAUUUAGCUGUAGUUUUUUUUAAGUGCUACUGACUAGAAUAAGCUUUCACAAUAAGAGUUGGCCAAUUAUCUAACGACAGCACUUAGGAAGCCAACAGGUCCAAAGCAGAACUGGGACUCAAAAAGCGAUGUGUCAUCAUUAGUACAGGGUUGCAGAAGACCACUUAGUUCUGCAAGAGGCAAUCUGGGACACUUUGAAAGGAGAAUUUUCUUCAUUUGUUUAAUUGGACAAAUUUGGGAUUUUAAAAAAAAAUGAUACUUUUUGGAUUUAAGCUUCCCAGGAGUGAUUUAUGAGCCAACGUUUGAUGUCUUUAUCACUUUAAACAAAAACGUAAAAGUAGAUUUUAUUGAGAUUGAAAUACAGGAUGGAUACAUUUUUAACUGUGCACCUUUUUUUUCUGUGAGGAAGUGGAACUAAACUCUGCACUACAGCAACUAAGAAGUUCCCAAUUUUGUACAGCCGGUGACGUCUUACUGAAUCCCAUAGCACGGUGAAGACUGCUGGCCCUUAUGUUAGUCGAAAACCCUGUUCUUACAGCACUUAAGUGUCGAGAAGUUGUGACUUCAUGUAUGAAACUAUUUGAGUGGAAUUAUUAUAAAGAUAGAACGUAUCACAUUGCAUGAUAGGAUGUUGAAACUCUUUGUACACUCUGAGAAUAAGCCUUACUUACUGCUUCCAAAAGCAUGGUGUUUGAAUGUAUUCUUUGGAGUCAAUAGUUAACUUAAACAGUGUAUUAUUUAUUGUUCAUUGUCACCAUUUGAGUACAAAGUUUGUUGCAGUGUUGAAGUGCUUGUUAAAAUGUUAAAGGUUUCAAAGAUAUUAAAUUAUUUAAAUUGCA